UACAACAGCUGUAUCAUCUGGAAUGGAGUCGCUAUAGCCUACAACAUGAAAACGGAGCCUUGGGGAAGUUCAUGUCAAUUCCAGGGACAACUGUGCUUUUCCAGAGUCUUUUUGCUAAUCGUCUUAGUGUGUCUUGCUCAGGAAAUAGCAGCUGGCGCUGACAACUUCUUCACCCAGGUCCCGGGGAAUGUCACCAUUUUAAAAGGGAACACUGCGAGGUUCCAGUGGUCUUUCAACGAUACUGAUGUCUAUUCUGUUCAGUGGACAAAAGAACCAACUGGAUCAUUAAUCGGUACCUUGUACUGGAAAAACCAGGAGUUGCGAAUUCACCCAGCAUAUAGUGAACGUGUCCCCCUAAACGUGACCCUAGCCCCUGGUUUUGCACUUUUAAAUGUGACAGAGGAAGAUGAUGGGAACUACAAAAUUACAAUCUCUUUUAUUACUGGAUCCAACCCAGUCAGAGAGAGCUUUGCUACACUUGUCGUUAUAUAUCCUCCCACAGGAACGUCUGCCAGUGCGACCGCAAACGAAGUCCAAGAAGGGACAAAACUUCAGCUUAGCUGCACCACUCGUAGCAACCCGCCAUCUAUGUUCAUCUGGACCAAAGAUGGCGCAGCUCUCAACAGCACAACAGCACAGGAGGACCCAGUCCACGGUACUAGUGGUACUUCUAGUAGUACUGUGAUCAUCCUCAGUGUGAGCCGAGCGGACAGCGGUCGGUACCGAUGUGAGGCGUCCAAUGGACUGCAACCAAGUGAAAAUGCAUUUAUCGACAUUACCGUCCAAUAUGCACCUGAAAAUACAGUAGCCAGUGUACAGAAAGCCAACAUCACAGAAGGGGACAGAGCAGAGUUGACCUGCCAAGCUGAUGGUGUACCUCGCCCUACCUACACUUGGUACCAUAACUCAGACAAGUUGCCGUCAGACCCGACAACUAGUACAAGUGGAACUCUAAUCAUCUUUCCUGCAAGGCUGGAGGACUCUGGGGUCUAUUGGUGUGAAGCCAGAAAUGAGGGUCAUCUAGUGUCAACGUCACGGUCAUAGAGGGCCCUGUUGUUCAACCUCUACCAACAAUGCUAUCAGGGACCAGAAAGGACAAUUGGUUUGACAGUCCCAUAGUUAACCCAAUAAUAGUCACAGUGAUUACGUGUUGCAUCUUCAUCAUUGUUGGUGUCCUCGUUUACGACUGGCACUUGCCGCAAAAUUCUGACAACAUUUCAUCGUCGUCCAAUGAUGUGAACCCAUUGCAUUGUCUACUAGACAUGAAUGUUGGACGCAUUUCCAAUGUGACCACGCAUGACAAAAGGGUGGAUCCAGCUCUGCAGGAAUUCUGGAAUUGUUUGGUGGAAAAAAUGGAUUUGGAGCCUGUAAUGGUAUUCCUGCAGGAAAAGGGGAGUCUGACCGUUGAUGAGACAGCUGGAGUCCGGGCGGCCCCCUGUGUGGUAGAGAGGCUGCUGGAAAUCCUCUGCGUGCUGAAAGGUGACCAGGCAUCCCGUGUGCUCAGCAACGCCUUGCGACACUCCGACCAAACGCAUCUUGCGGAUCUCUUGGACGGAAAAGUUCUACCAGAUGCCAGGUGCAUAACCAUAGCAACCAUCACAGAGACGUCGAUCGGUAUCACCUUCAAACCUGCAUACAAGAACCUCCAACACUUUGGUGAUGUGGACAAGUACCUGGUCAAAUUGGAACUGGCCACCCCCGAGCCCAAGACCAUCAUGGAAACAACGAUCCGUGCGUCUGACCUCCUUCAGGCCACAUUCAGUGGACUUGUUGAAGGAACGUCAUACAAUAUCACUGUUAUCAGUAAACGUGGUGACGUCAGCAGUGCCGGCUUUACCCUCACCACAACAACGAUUGGAAAACCUAUCUUGCUUCAAAGUAUCACCGACAAGGAACGAUCUGAACUUCUCCAAGUACAAAUUUACAAGAAAGAAAUCACCCUGCACGAAGAUCUGGGAAAGGGAAACUUUGGAGAAGUCCGCCGUGGCAUAUACAGGAAGGGCAAAGAAAAAGUGCAAUGUGCCGUGAAGACCUUGUUUGACCCCAAUAAAGAAAGUGAGAUGGUGUCCCUCCUUCGGGAAGGACUGCGCAUGAACAACUUUGACCAUGACAACGUCCUGAAGCUGAUUGGCAUCUGUGUCCAUGGCAACGAAGCCAUGAUUGUCCUCCCCUACAUGCAGCAUGGUGAUCUGCGGAAAUAUCUCCAAGUCACCAAAGAACAGUCCCUGUUGGAGAAUCUUCACCUGUGUCUUGACAUCGCUCGCGGCAUGGCCUAUCUGUCUGAUAACGAUAUCGUGCAUCGUGAUCUGGCAGCAAGGAACUGCAUGUUGGACGAAAAUUUGCGGGUGAAAGUUGCUGACUUCGGCCUUUGCAGAGACAUCCACAAAAAGGGUUACUACAGAAUAAAAAACAAAGAGUUGAACUUACCGAUCAGGUGGUUGGCGCCAGAAAGCUUUGCUGAGCACAAAUUUGAUACCAAGACUGACAUAUGGUCAUAUGGGAUCGUAUUGUGGGAGAUUUUCACAGCUGGACAGACUCCGUACCCUUUCAUGGAUCAUCAUCAUCAUUAUGAAGAACCAGCGAACAUUCUAUCUAACAAGCUGAAGGAAGGGUACCGCAUGGACAAGCCCAACAGAUGCCCAGUCACAAUGUACGAAAUUAUGGGACAAUGUUGGAAGGAUAACCCCGAAGAACGCCCGAACUUCAAGGAAGUCCUGAAUAAUGUCAAACAGAUCCACAAGUCUUUCAAAUACCAGCCCGAGUACAAAAAUUACAAUGUUCAGCAACUACAUGGUUAUGAAACAAUGUUGACUGUGGAGGACCCUGGAAGAACACCCGAACUUCAAGGAAGUCCUGAGUGAUGACAAACGGAUCCACACGUCAUUCAGAUACCAGAGUACAAAAAUCAUGGUGUUUAGGUACACAGCCUAUAGCCUAGCAUAGAAUUGAAAAAAGGAGCAGUUGCAAACUGUUCCAUGACAAAGGCAGCGAUUCAAAACUGCAAACAAUGUAGUUUGAAACUGGUUUGGAAGAAGAACAUGAUAAAAUCUCGAUGUUCAGUUCAGACUAACUUAGCAUAGAGAACAGUAACUCACAGUAAGUUACAAACUGAUCUACAGCAGUUCAAAACUGAUCCACAGCGAUUCAAAACUGAUCUAUAGCAUUUUAUGAAGGCAGUUCGAAACUGAUCUAUAGCAUUUGUAAGAAGGCAGUUCAAAACUACUCUAUAGCAUUUUUAAGAAGGCAGUUCAAAACUUACUCUAUAGCAUUUUUAAGAAGGCAGUUCGAAACUGCUCUAUAGCAUUUUUAAGAAGGCAGUUCGAAACUGCUGUAUAGCAUUUUUAAGAAGGCAGUUCAAAACUGCUGUAUAGCAUUUUUAAGAAGGCAGUUCAAAACUGCUGUAUAGCAUUUUUAAGAAGGCAGUUCGAAACUGCUGUAUAGCAUUUUUAAGAAGGCAGUUCAAAACUGCUGUAUAGCAUUUUUAAGAAGGCAGUUCAAAACUGCUGUAUAGCAUUUUUAAGAAGGCAGUUCAAAACUGCUGUAUAGCAUUUUUAAGAAGGCAGUUCAAAACUGCUGUAUAGCAUUUUUAAGAAGGCAGUUCAAAACUGCUGUAUAGCAUUUUUAAGAAGGCAGUUCAAAACUGCUGUAUAGCAUUUUUAAGAAGGCAGUUCAAAACUGCUGUAUAGCAUUUUUAAGAAGGCAGUUCAAAACUGCUGUAUAGCAUUUUUAAGAAGGCAGUUCAAAAUUGCUCUGUAAUAACAAAAUCUUGUUAAUCGUGAUUAAAAGUGCCUGAGAGUAUAGCAGAUUGUGUCUCAGGAAAAUGAGGAACUAAUGUGUACAUCUAUCGACAGGUAGACAAGAAAAUAGUGCAUUUGUCAACUGCAUUGCUACUCUCAUCAGUUGUUGAUUUUACUUUCACUGAAAAUGUUGCUUAUUGUUGAUUGUAUCUUUGGAGAGGAGCAAUUUUGUUUGUUUCAAUAGAUAUACAAAUGUAUGGCCAACUUCAUUUGUCAGAUUGGAUGUUCAUAAAAAAUUGGAGAAAAAUUGAACUGAAAAAAAUUGAUUUUGGCAUCAUGCCAUGUAUCAUAUAUACCUGCAAACUCUUUUAUAAAGAUUUGUAUUGCACAUUAGACUAUUAAAGCUCAUGCAGUGAUAUAGCAAUUCAUAAAAUGUAACGUAAACAAUGAUACUGAGAGUCGUGAAGAAUGAGAUGAAGCCAUCCAUCCAUACAUACAGAAGAAUUGUUUGCCUUAUAUUCAAAAGAGCAAUUGGAUGAAAGAUAUAUUUUGUUGCGUAACAAUCUUACAGAUCAAGAGAGCCAACAGGUACAUAUAGCUGAGCAAAUGUUGCACAUCCAGCAAAUCUAGCACAACAAAUCACUGUGUAGCACAGCAUAUCUAGCACGAUGGAACAUGAAAUCUGGCGCAAGAAAUCUAUCGUAGUGUAGCACGGCAUAUCUAGCACAAUUGAACACAAGAAGUCUUGCGCAACAAAUCCAUCACAGUGUAGCACAUCAUGGAUCUAGCUCAGUUUAGACACUUCAGUACAUUGUCACUAAACAUUCCCAAGAUACAAGGUAUUGUUAAUGUGCAGAAUGUACAUUGCUCUGUGUGGUGAUUAAAGAAACUGAAAUUUUA